AGAGAGAGAGAGGACUCAGUCAUUAAACACGUUUUUCUCUCUCUAAUCGCAUGGAGUUGUUACUGGUUAGUGAUAUCUAUAAGCGAAAUCUAGAGAGAUAAUCUUCUAGAGAGAGGCGAGCAGGCUUAUCUGGGGUGCCUAAAAUAGAGCAGAAGUAGAGAGAGAAAAUUAGGGUUGAGUCGAGAAGAAACAGCAGGCAGGAUAGAGAGAGAGAAAUUAGCCAGAGAAAGAGAGAUUUGAAAGAGAAAUGUGGAGAGAGAAAGCGAUUGCAGUGUAAUUUUGGGAAAGAAAUGUGGACUGAUUCGCCGUGUUGAAACUAAGAGCGCCACGCAAUAACCCCACGCACUUCGACUCUUCUCCGUCGCUUCAUCUUACCCCUUCUCCAUACCCUUUAUAAGCAAAAUCGUGAACCCCACUUCCUCUCAAGAAAAAAACAUGUCUUGUGCUGUAGUUUCAGGUUCACCAGUCUUCAAGACCGGUUCUCCAUUGGAAACCCUAACCCUAAACAUUCACCAUCACCUUCAGCCUGGUUAUCCAGGCUCCCCUUUACGAUGUGGGGUUGGUUUCAGAGAGGAGAGCCAAGGUGGAAGCCCUUCUCUGCGACAGAAGAGCAAUGGAAUCCGGGUUUGGGAGGAAGAAGGGUUGGGGUUUUGUGGUGGGGAAGAAGGGGUUAAGGGGGUUUUGAAGAGGAAGAGGCCUGCGAGGCUUAAGAUCCCCUCUACUUCUCCUUGUACUUCUCGUCGUUUUGAGCCGAUUGAGCAGGGACCUGAGGAGGUUCAUGCAGAAAGCGACCGAUUUUCUGUGUUUUGCAAGAGAGGGAGGAGAGCAGUGAUGGAGGAUUGUUAUGCUGCAAACCUUGACCUUUAUAGCGAUUCGAAACAGGCUUUCUUGGGUGUUUUUGAUGGCCACGGAGGAAAAAGAGCAGCAGAGUUUGCUGCAGAAAACAUGGGGAAGAACAUAAUGGAGCACGUGACCAAGUGUGAUGGUGUAGAAGGAAUCGGUGAUGCUGUUAAGAAUGGAUACUUAGUCACUGAUUCAGAAUUCUCGAGAGAGAAAGCUCGAGGUGGCGCUUGCUGUGUAACAGCAUUACUCCGAGAAGGCAAUUUGGUGGUCUCAAAUGCUGGCGAUUGUCGUGCUGUAAUGAGCAGAGGUGGAACUGCUGAAGCCCUCACCUCUGAUCAUAGGCCGUCAAGAGAAGACGAGAAAGAAAGAAUUGAAAGCUUGGGUGGGUAUGUUGAUCUCUGCCGUGGAGUGUGGAGGUUACAGGGAUGCCUAGCUGUGUCACGAGGGAUUGGAGAUCAGCAUUUGAAACAAUGGGUCUCUGCAGAACCAGAGACAGAGAUCCUAAGGAUAACCCCUGAAUGCGAAUUCUUGAUCUUAGGUUCAGAUGGGCUGUGGGAUAAGGUCGGUAACCAGGAGGCGAUAGACUUAGCUCGACCCCUUUGUGCGACUACUGAUAAGCCAUCUCCACUAUCAGCCUGUAAAAAGCUUGUGGAUUUAUCUUUAAGCAGAGGAUCAGUGGAUGAUAUCAGUGUGAUGAUAAUCCAGUUGGGCCUAUUUUUAUGAAUGAUUUGAUUCUUUGGAGUCAUUUUGAUUCUAAAAACACUCAGUUCCUAAUUAGAAAGCGGACAUGGGUGUAAGCAUGGAUCAGAUUGAAGGCCACAGAGCAAGAGAGAAUAGUAGUGGACAGCACAGAUUAGGGAAACAACCUAGUAGAAAGAACAGAAAAGGCAAGGGAAGGGGAGUUCGAAGAAAAAAGCAGCUUCGUUUAUAUGGCUGCAAAAACUGGGGAGUUUACUAUUCCCUCAUAGUUCAUGUCUAAACCAUUACUUCGUGACCAAGAUCAACUUUUGACAUAGCUCAAAAACACUACAGAAGUAUUAUCAGUUUAUUCAAUUUAUUUGGAAAGAUCGGAAAUAAAGUUCUUUUCAGCACAUUGGAUGGGAGGAGUGGAUCCUCCAGCAUGUGUUCUGGCAUUGUUCUUUUCUCAUGCAAUCUUUAGUUCUGGCAUGGAUCAGAUUGAAGGCCACAAAGCAAGAGAGAAUAGUAGUGGACAGCACAGAUUAGGGAAGAAACCGAGUAGAAAGAACAGAAAAGGCAAGCACAGAUUAGGGAAGAAACCGAGUAGAAAGAACAGAAAAGGCAAGGGAAGGGGAGUUUGAAGAAAAAAGCAGCUUCUUUUAUAUGGCUGCAAAAACCGGGGAGUUUAGUAUUCCCUCAUAGUUCAUGUCUAACCAUUAAUUCGUGACCAAGAUCAACUUUUGACAUAGCUCAAAAACGCUAUAGAAGUUUAUUUGGAAAGAUCAGAAAUAAAGUUCUUUUCAGCACAUUGGAUGGGAGGAGUGGAUGCUCCAGCAUGUGUUCUGGCAUUGUUCUUUUCUCAUGCAAUCUUUAGUUGUUUCAGUUUGGACUGCCUGUUGGGCUAUAUAUACUUCAUUAUGCAAUUGUGUCAUUUAAUAAGAAGUUUCAAUUUUGACGUGCA